AUGGGUCAACAGCCACCAAGUUUGUGUUCUCUGUGCGAGAUGAGCUUGAUGAGAAACCAUUUAAUUGUACACGAUGUUGCAAACGUGCCUUACAGAUUGAUACGCAAUGUUCUUUUGAAGUGUAAAUUGGAUCAGCUAUGUAAGUUGGAAAAGAGCAACGUCAGACUGGUUUUUGAAGACGAAGAAGUGUGGUAUGAAUUGUUGAAAAAGGAUUUCCCGAUGCAUGUACACGAGUCCAGCGCCAGUAAAAGGGACGAGAUCUGCAAUUUCUAUGCAGAAUUUAUCGAAGAUAACGAUCCGGAGUUUAUGAGAGAUACUGAACUGAUGAAGAAACUCUUGCGAGCAGCAGUGCAGAAAGAUCCAAUUACGCUCAAGUACCGAGUUCCAAGCCGAAUGCUGUAUUUUAAGUACCAGAAGGAUAUUUUGCGGAAACAAGAAGCCAGUGCGCAGCGAUUAAGGCUACGAACUCAAGAAUUGAAACAAGAAAAGGCUAAGAAUCAAAUUGUGGCCCUUGAAGAUCCAGUUUACUGUGAAAAACAGAGCAAGAGCUCGCGAUCCGUGAACCCGACUGACCGCUCAGGUUUGUUUCUGAAAUCCUACAAAGAAUCGCAAAAACGUCAACAAUUAUUCCGUAGUGGUGGAUUUGACGCCAGCACUCAAAGACCCGUACGACGAGUCGCAUUUGGUGGCGGGGCCGUCGCCCCCGUGGCAGCCACUCCUUCUACACCGCGAAAUAGGACCCCAACACCAGGUUCUGGCGCCGAAAUACAGUUCCAGACCUCGAGUCCGACGACUUGUUCCGUUUCUGAACUGCCAAAACCCAAGAGCCCCAAUAUUUCACAUUCGCAGACCAGCCCAACUUGCCCCGGAACCCAGCGGAAGAAAAAACAAGAACAAGCCAGCAUUUUCCUGAAACGUAGAAAAUUGCAUCCCAGUCCAAAGCCUCAUAAGAAGUCAUCCGCUGUUGAACCUACAAAACCAAAAAACCGGUGGUUGUUAGCCUAA